CAGCGGUGGGACAGCGGGCAGCCAGCACGGGCUUAAGGCCAAUCAACGCAGCGAAUUUUCAAACAGUACAUUUUUUGAAGCUGAGCCGAGCCGAGUGGGACUGCUGCAUAAUAACAACAAAUAGGCGCAACACAACAAUUGUGACCCAAACGAACGCCGAAGCACGCGGGCUUCGAGCUGUAUCUAAAGCGGGCCGCUUCAAUUUACAAGCCAGUGAUAACUAGCACCGAGCAGAGGCAGCUGAAACACCAGCAGCACCAGCAACACCAUUAUUAACAGUUCAAGUAACGGUUAAAAGCGGAACAUUUGGAGCAAUUGGACAAAAUGCAGUGGAUAUUGUUGAUUGCUUUAAUACCGUUAGCCGUGCAGAGCUACAUUAUCAAAGAGGACGAGAGCUUCCUGCAGCCGCCGCAGUACACCAGCCAGGAGCAGCUGGAGGAUUUGUUUGCACGCCUGGAAAAGGCCUAUCCGGAGCAAGCGCGCGUCCACAGUCUUGGCCGUUCCCUGGAAGGACGCAAUUUGAUAGCCCUUCAAAUCUCGCGCAGCGCUCGGCAACGGCCGCUGCUGACGCCACCCGUCAAAUAUGUGGCCAAUAUGCAUGGAGACGAAACGGUGGGCCGACAGCUGCUAAUCUACUUGGCCCAAUAUCUGUUGGGCAACUACGAGCGCAUUUCGGAUAUUGGCCAACUGGUUAACACGACGGAUAUUUACCUAAUGCCCACCAUGAAUCCCGACGGUUAUGCCCUGUCCCAGGAGGGCAACUGCGAAUCACUGCCAAAUUAUGUGGGACGCGGCAAUGCCGCCGGCGUCGAUUUGAAUCGUGACUUUCCCGAUCGCCUGGACCAACAUCAUAUCAACCAGCUGCGCAGCCAGUCCCGGCAGCCGGAAACAGCCGCCCUCGCCGAAUGGAUAUUGAAGAAUCCGUUUGUGCUCUCCGCCAAUUUCCAUGGCGGCGCCGUUGUCGCCAGUUAUCCGUAUGACAACUCAAUCGCCCACAAUGAUUGCUGCGAGGAGAGCCUCACGCCGGAUGAUCGCGUGUUCAAGCAUCUGGCGCACAGUUACUCGGACAAUCAUCCGAUCAUGAGGCGUGGCAACAACUGCAACGACAGCUUCGCCGGCGGCAUCACCAACGGGGCCAACUGGUACGAGCUAUCGGGCGGCAUGCAGGACUUCAAUUAUGCCUUCACCAAUUGCUUUGAGCUGACCAUUGAGCUCUCCUGCUGCAAGUAUCCGCCGGCGAGCAGCCUGCCGGAGGAGUGGCAGCGCAACAAGCGAGCGCUGCUCCAGCUGCUCAGGCAGGCGCACAUUGGCGUCAAGGGCCUGGUGCAGGACACCAGCGGCUAUCCCAUACCAGACGCCACCAUCAUUGUAUCCGGACUGGAGGACAAGCCCAUACGCACCUCGAAGCGCGGCGAAUACUGGCGCCUGCUCACGCCUGGCCUCUACAGCAUCUAUGCGGCUGCCUUUGGCUAUCAAUCGAGUGUGCCGCAACAGGUCCAUGUCACAAACGAGAACGCCGAGGCGCUGCGACUGGACUUCAAGCUGACGCCCGUUGAGAGCAACUUUGAUGGCAAGUUUCGCAAGCAAAUUGUGGAGCGAGCGGAGCCGGCGGAGCAGCUGAAGCAGAAAUACGAUGGCUUCCUAACGCCCACAGAGUUCAAGCAUCACAAUUUCGUGGCCAUGGAGAGUUAUCUGCGCAACCUGAGCGCCAGCUACCCGACGCUCACGCGCCUCUACAGCAUUGGCAAGAGCGUGGAGAACCGAGAUCUGUGGGUGAUGGAGAUCUCCACCUCACCGGGCAAUCAUGUGCCGGGCGUGCCGGAGUUCAAGUACGUGGCCAACAUGCACGGCAACGAGGUGGUCGGCAAGGAGAUGCUGCUGCUGCUCACCAAGUAUCUGCUGGAGCGCUAUGGCAAUGAUGAUCGGAUCACGCGGCUGGUGAAUGGCACACGGAUGCACUUCCUCUAUAGCAUGAAUCCGGAUGGCUAUGAGGUGUCGCAAGAGGGCGAUCGCACCGGCGGCGUGGGCCGGCCCAACGCCCAUAUGGUGGAUCUGAAUCGCAAUUUUCCGGAUCAAUAUGGCACGGAUAAAUACAACAAGAUCACGGAGCCAGAGGUGGCUGCCGUCAUGAACUGGACGCUCUCGAUACCGUUUGUGCUCUCGGCCAACCUGCACGGCGGCUCCCUGGUGGCCAAUUAUCCGUUCGACGACAACGAGAACGACUUCAAUGAUCCCUUUUCGCGGCUGCGCGACUCUAGCAUCAGCGGCCGCAAGCUGAAUCCCACCGAGGACAACGAGCUGUUCCGCCAUUUGGCGCUGGUCUAUUCGAAGGCGCACGCCACCAUGCAUCUGGGCCAGCCGUGCGCCCUCUUCCAGAACGAGCUGUUCACCGACGGCAUCACCAAUGGCGCCCAGUGGUACAGCGUGACGGGCGGCAUGCAGGACUGGAACUAUGUGCGUGCCGGCUGCAUGGAGCUGACCAUCGAGAUGGGCUGCGACAAGUUUCCGCUGGCCAAGGAGCUGCCCCAGUACUGGCGCGACAAUCGCGAGCCCCUGCUGCGGCUGAUCGAGCAGGUGCAUCAUGGCAUCCAUGGCUUCGUGCGCAGCAGCAUUGGCACGCCCAUUGUUGGGGCAGCCAUCGCCCUGGACGGUGGCAAUCAUAAGACCUACAGCGGCACCUUCGGCGACUACUGGAAGCUCGCACUGCCCGGCCGACACAAUGUGACGGUGCUGUCCGAUGGCUUUGCCCCGCUGCGCGUCGAGGUGGAGGUGCCCGAUGCGGAGCCCUUUGGCAUGCGCCUGGACGUCACCCUCAUGCGCGACGAUCCACAGCACUGGGCGUCCGCCAACGAUUUCCGCAUCAUCGAGAACGUCGUCAACACCAGAUACCACACGAAUGCCGAGCUGCGCAAUCGCCUGGCCGAGUUCGAGAAUCAGAAUCCGCAGAUCGCCAGCUUUGGCUAUGCGGACAAUGAGUUCAGUCGCCACUUCAAUUACCUCAAGCUGACAUCCAAUAUCGGCGAACCGGAGGAGCACAAAUACAAGCUGCUGGUGAUUAGCUCGCUGUUUGAUACCGCCGCUCCACUGGGCCGGGAGAUCAUGCUGAAUCUGGUGCGCCAUUUGAUCGAGGGACACAAGCUGCAGGAGGCGUCUGUGGUGCAGCUGCUGGAACGCAGUGUCAUCUACUUUUUGCCGCAGACAGAGAAGUUCGAUCCGAUCUUCGCCAUGUACAAUGCCAACAAUUCCGUGUGUGAUCCCAUGAUGUCCGAAGAGCUGGCCGAGCGUAUUCUCAGCCCGGAGACGGAGCCAGCCAGGGAUGUGCUGCUGCAGUUCUUGCGCAACGAACGCUUCGAUCUGAUGCUGACAUUCAGCGGAGGCAGCUCGGAUCUCAGCUUCCCCCAUGCCGAUUCCAUACUGGAGAAGUUCGCCCACAGCAUCCGGCGCACCGAGUUCAAUUACUCCCCGCUGCAGUGCAGCAGCUCGGCCACGCGUCAGCUGCAUCACGACGUCACUGAACGGCUGACCAACCUGUUGUACAACAUGUACAAUAUACCGAUGUUUACGCUGGGCCUGUCCUGCUGCCGGAUGCCCGUGCACACUGAGAUCGCCUCGGUGUGGCGCACCAGCAUCGAGAAGAUUCGCAACUUCCUGGCGCUGGUGCGAACCGGCAUCACGGGGCUGGUGCAGAACGAUAGGGGUCAGCCGCUGCGCGAGGCAUUCGUUCGGCUGGUGGAGCACCCGACCAUCCACAAUGUGACACGCAAUGCGGCACGAUUCCAGCUGAUGCUGCCCAAGGGCCUCUACGGCCUCGAGGUGGGCGCGCCCAACUACGAGUCGAAGAUCGUGAAGACGCUGGUGCAGCAGGACGUCUUCAGUGACCUGGGUGUGAUCAAGCUCAACGGCUACAGCCUGAUCAAGGGCGAGGUGACGGAGCUGAACACGCUGAGCAGGACAACCACCAGCCUGACGGGCCUAGUGCUCGACGACAACAAUCAUCCCAUACGCAAUGCCAAGGUCUCGCUCAUCCAGCCGCCGGGCUGGACGCACGUGCGCAACUUCACCAACAGCCUGGGCGAGUAUCGGCUGUCGGCGGUGCCCUUGGGCGCCAUUACGAUCAAGGUGGAGGCUCCGCGUCACUUCGAGGCCACGCGCGAUCUCCGCCUGCCGCAGCCGGGGCAGCCCAUCCAGAAUGUCAUCUUCCAUCUGAAGUUCAAUGCGCAUGUGUUUGGUCUGCCGCGCUUCCUCUUCAUCAUCGUGGCCAGUGUGCUUAUCAUAGUGGGCGUGGUCAUGUGCGUACUGUGCGCCCAGUUCUGGUUCUACAGACGACAUCGAGGCAAGAUGCCCUACUACAACUUCUCGCUGCUGCCGCAGAAGGGCAAGGAGCAGUUCGAGCUGGACGACGAUGCUGGCGACGAUGGCGAAACGGAACUCUUCCGCUCGCCCAUCAAACGUGGCAUGACCAUACAGCCCUACUUCGAUGAGGAGCAGCUGGAGCACAUCCUGCACACGGACGACGAGGACGAUGACGAGGAUGGGCAUGGCAACGGGCUGGACCAGGAUGAGCAGGAGCUGCAGCUGGAUGUGGCCGAUGAGAGCGGCGAUGAGAUUGUCAUGUUGCCUCAUCACAAUCGACGCAGGCAGUAGAAAGUUGGAGAGAGUGAGAGAGAA